GGGCCGGGGGCGGAGCGGCUCCGCUGGGAUGGGGCUGGCGGAGUGUCAGAGGCGGGCGGCGGGAGGCGGGCGGCAGCCGCAGCUCCGGAGACAGCCGCGGCACCGGCACCGGCUCCCGGCUCCUCCCGGCUCAGCCCGCCGGGCCCAGGCACCAAGGGCUCCACCAGGGCAGCGCACCCCCCUGCCAUCACCACGCUGUGCCAUCCCUGCACCCGAUGGCUGGGGCCUGGCUGCCCCCCCUUUGACACCUGGCACCAGGUGACAUGGGGCACAUGGGCCCCCAGCUGGUGCCAUCGCACCCCAUGGCGGUCCCCUUUGCUGCCUGGUUCUGGCUGAUGCGUCUGGCCUCCUGCCUGGCUGCUGUGCAUGGCCCCACCAGCAAGAAGGAGAUCAGCACUGAGGGGGACCUGGUCAUCGGGGGGCUCUUCCCCAUCCACGAGAAAGGAGUGGGCAGCGAAGACUGUGGCAAAAUCAACGAGCACCGGGGCAUCCAGCGCCUCGAGGCCAUGCUCUUUGCACUGGACGAGAUCAACAAGGACCCGAGCAUCCUGCCUGGAGUGAGGCUGGGCGCCCACAUCCUCGACACCUGUUCCAAGGACACCUACGCCCUCGAGCAGUCACUCGACUUUGUCCGUGCGUCCCUGACCAGGGUGGAUGGCUCCGAGCACAUCUGUCCUGACGGCUCCUACGCUGUGCAUGAUGAUGUGCCCAUGGCCAUCACCGGUGUCAUCGGGGGCUCCUACAGCGACGUUUCCAUCCAGGUCGCCAACCUGCUGCGGCUCUUCCAGAUCCCGCAGAUCAGCUACGCCUCCACCAGUGCCAAGCUGAGCGACAAGUCCCGCUACGACUACUUUGCCCGCACCGUUCCACCCGACUUCUACCAAGCCAAAGCCAUGUCGGAGAUCCUCCGCUUUUUCAACUGGACCUACGUCUCCACUGUGGCCUCAGAGGGUGACUACGGUGAGACGGGCAUUGAGGCCUUCGAGCAAGAGGCUCGCAUGCGCAACAUCUGCAUCGCCACCUCCGAGAAGGUGGGACGCUCCAUGAACAAGAAGACCUAUGAUGGUGUGGUCCGGGCACUGCUGCAGAAGCCCAAUGCCAGAGUGGUUGUGCUCUUCACCCGGAGCGAGGAUGCUCGGGAGCUGCUGGCAGCUGCCCACAGAGCCAAUGUCUCCUUCACGUGGGUGGCCAGCGAUGGGUGGGGAGCCCUGGAGAGUGUGGUGGCAGGGAGCGAAGCAGUGGCAGAGGGAGCGAUCACCAUUGAGCUGGCAGCAUACCCCAUCCAGGAGUUUGCUGCCUACUUCCUCAACCUCCACCCCUACAACAACAGCCGAAAUCCCUGGUUUCGGGAGUUUUGGGAGCAAAAGUUCAAGUGCAGCUUCCACACUCCGGACUGUAGCCGGUACUCCCUAAAGACAGGCAAGUUUGAGCCAGAGUCCAAGAUCACCUUUGUGGUCAACGCGGUCUAUGCUAUGGCUCACUCGCUUCACAACAUGCACCAGGCACUGUGCCCCAACACCACCAAGCUCUGCGACUCCAUGAAGCCUGUCAAUGGCAAGAGGUUCUACAAGGACUUUAUGCUCAACGUUAACUUUGAUGCUCCAUUCAGGCCAACAGACACUGAGAGUGUUGUUCGAUUUGACCGCUACGGCGACGGGAUCGGACGCUACAAUAUCUUCAACUACCACCACAGAGACGGGCGGUAUCGGUACCAGAAGGUGGGCUACUGGGCAGAGGGACUCAUCCUCAACACCAGCCUCAUCCCCUGGGCGGAGACAGCCGUCCCCGUGUCCCAGUGCAGCGACCCCUGCAAGAAGAAUGAGAUAAAGAGCAUGCAGCCCGGGGACAUAUGCUGCUGGAUCUGCAUCCCCUGCCAGCCCUAUGAGUACCUGCUGGAUGAGUUCACCUGCAUGGACUGUGGUCUCGGUUACUGGCCCAACGAGACCCUGAAUGGCUGCUAUGAGUUGCCCCAAGAGUACAUCCGCUGGAGAGAUGUCUGGGCCAUUGGUCCCGUCACUAUCUCUUGCUUGGGUUUUAUCUCCACGCUGUUUGUUUUUGGAGUCUUCAUAAAGAACAACGACACCCCUAUUGUGAAGGCCUCUGGGCGGGAACUUUGCUAUAUUCUCCUGACCGGUGUCCUCAUGUGCUACAGCAUGACUUUCAUCUUCAUCGCCAAGCCUUCCACCGAGGUGUGCACGCUGCGGCGCCUGGGGCUGGGCACAUCCUUUGCCGUCUGUUAUUCGGCCCUCUUGACCAAGACGAAUCGCAUUGCCAGGAUCUUCAGCGGGGUGAAGGAAGGGGUCCAGCGCCCCCGGUUCAUAAGCCCUGCAUCACAGGUGGUCAUCUGCAUGGCCCUCAUCUCCUGCCAGCUGAUCAUUGUCAUCAUCUGGCUGCUGGUGGAGACACCCGGCACAGGCAAGGAGACCGAGCCUGACAAGAGGUACAUUGUCACCCUCAAGUGCAACAACCGUGACUCUAACAUGCUCAUUUCGCUCACCUACAACGUCCUCUUGAUUGUUCUGUGCACGGUCUAUGCUUUCAAGACCAGGAAAUGCCCUGAAAACUUCAACGAGGCCAAGUUCAUCGGAUUCACCAUGUACACGACCUGCAUCAUCUGGCUGGCCUUCCUGCCCAUCUUUUACGUGACCUCUAGUGAUUAUCGAGUGCAGACCACAACCAUGUGCAUCUCGGUGAGCCUCAGUGGCACCGUGGUCCUCGGCUGCCUCUUCACGCCCAAGCUCCACAUCAUCCUCUUCCAGCCGCAGAAGAACGUGACCAGCCACCGCGUGGGCACCGCACGGUUCAGCGUCGUGGCUGCCGGCUCCAGCCAGUCCCACGGCUCAGCCUCGCAGUACGUGCCCACGGUGUGCAACGGCCGCGAGGCGGUGGACUCCACGACAUCGUCUUUGUGAAGGCGGGGGGAAGCCGAGCCCCCACCCGUCUGCACCUCGUCCUGGGGGAGCAGUAGCAGCCCCAGUGCUAAGGGCUGGCGGCAGCCGGGAGAGCAAAGCCCCUGCCCCAGCAUGAGGCUGCGCUGCGCCACGCUACGUGGUGCUUGUCCCUCACGCCCGUCCCCUGCGCCGAGCC